CUCGAAGAAAUCGUAGCACUUCAUCAUGGCCGCGGCAGCGCAGCAAAAUUACGUGGGCAUACUAUCUAUUGGGAGUAUGGGCGCGGGUAUCGCGAAGCUUCUCAAGGCUCGUGGCUUUAUUGUUGGCACAAGCGGACAUGCCAGAAGUCCAGCUACCAUUCGACGAGCCGAAGAAGCCAAUGUUGAAGUGCUGUCGUCCGAUGUCGAACUAGUAGAGAAGGCCUCGGUCAUCCUCUCAGUUGUGCCCCCGAGAGAUGCGCUGGAAACGGCGCGACGAGUGGUGGACGCCUUACACGAACUUGCCACCCGUGGCUCGCGGCCGAGUAACCCUUUGUACUACAUAGAUCUCAACGCUGUUGCGCCAUCAACGGCUCGAGGGAUAUCGGAACUCUUCACCCCAGUCCAGAACAGCGCUCGCUUCAUCGACGGCUCAAUCUUAGGAGAGCCGCCCGUCCUCAUCCGCGAUAAUGCGUCAGGGCAACAGACCGUCACACCUACGACGGCUACGAGCGGCGUUGACCACAGCCCUGGUCGAUGGGUACAGCCCCGAAUCCCCAUUUCCGGUCCUCAUCACAUCACGGAUCUGUCCUAUCACGGGGACAGGUUGUAUGCAGCGCUGAACAUGCGUUAUUUGAGCAGCGAAGUGGGGGCCGCCAGCGGACUGAAGAUGUGUUACACAACCAUGUUCAAGGGAUACAUCGCAGUCGCCGCACAAGGAUUUACCACCGCAGAAAGACUCGGCCUUCUCGACGUUCUCAAAGACGAGCUGCAGCUACGUCUCCCAGAUCACUUACGUCUAGCCGAGAGCGGCGUCGUUGUCACGCCCCCGAAAGCAUACCGCUGGGUAUUCGAGAUGGAGGAAAUAGCCCGAACUCAUGCCGAAGAGAGUGGGUUUGCCCCGGCCUUAUUUCAAGGAGCUGCAGGGGUAUUUCGUGAUAUCGCGGAUAAUGGCGUCCUCGGUGAAGAAAAAAUUGGGAGCAGAGUUCGAGGCACUACAAUGGAAGACUUUGCUGCCAUACUCGCAAGGGACUUAGAACACAAGACGACUAAUCGCCAAGUCUCCCCGGGUAAUGACGAGGACCAUUCCUAG